UCCUUUAGCGUCGCGCUUUCUCUAACAUAAGCAACUAGUAGCGAUCUCCCACCUCCCCACCAAUUGCACGCUCAAUCCACAUGGUUCGCCUGUCUCUAGCAGCUAUCCUCGGACUUCCGACAGCUGGUCAUUGACCGGCCCGCCGAUGCAAUGUUUGUGACACGGGCAUCCAUGAGCACGCACUUUAGCGGGGAUGCGCAGAGUCAAAUGUUAGGACGGCUGUAGCGUGGAUUGCGGAGCCGUAAGAUGUAUUUGCAUCGAUCUUACGUCCUUAAAACUGCCCAAAUUUGUUCUCUGUCCUGCAUUCAGACUCUGGUAGCUGUUACCGAACAAGCUUCGUAGGCGCUAAGGGUCAUCACUUUCAGCUCGCGAACAGCACAUCUUCAAAACCAAACACAAACUCCGCUAUGGCUGCUACUAAAGCCAUCCUCAUCACGGGCGCUACAGGAAAGCAGGGUGGUUCUAUCCUACAGCAGCUCGCAAGCCAUCCGACGGCCUCCCAGUUCACACUCCUCGCCGUAACACGCAAUGCAGAUAGCGCUUCAGCCAAGCGCAUCGUGGAGCGCUAUCCCCAAGCUUUGGUUGUUCAAGGCGACUUGAACGAUGUACCGGGGCUAUUUACCUCUGCCAAGUCCAAGCUCAAGGAGGCCGGAAAGCCAGAGCAGAUCUGGGGUGUCUACUCGGUCCAGAUAUCAAUGGGACCAGGAGUUACAACAGAGUUCGAGGUCAAGCAGGGCUCGGACUUGAUUGAUGAGUCUAUCAACGAGGGUGUAUCACACUUUGUCUACUCGAGUGUAGACCGCGGCGGCAACGAGCACAGCUUCAACAACCCAACGCCGAUUCCACAUUUCCAGACCAAAGAAGAGAUCGAACAACACUUGUUGGAGAAGGCUGGUAAGAACGGCGAGAAUAUGGGAUGGACAAUUCUGAGGCCUGUUGCCUUCAUGGACAAUCUGGAGCCGGGAAUGAAGUCAAAGGUUUUCCUCACUGCAAUGAGAGACACCCUCAAGGGCAAGUCGAACCAAUGGGUAUCGGUCGAGGAUAUCGGUCUCUUCGGUGCCAAGGCGUUCAGGGAGCCUGAGAAGUGGAAUGCACGUGCCGAGGGUCUUGCCGGCAGCGAACUCACGAUGGACGACAUGAAUGGAUGCUUCGAGAGAGCAAUCGGCCAGCCAGUGCCAUAUGCCUUCAGCUUCAUGGGUUCUGCGCUUAUGUGGGCAGUCACGGAAGUCAACCUCAUGAUCAACUGGUUUGCAGAUGAAGGCUAUGGUGUAGACAUUGCCAGAUUGAAGAAGGAAGAGCCUCAGUUGUGUGAUUUCGAGAGGUGGCUGAAGGAGAGAAGCGGCUGGAAGGACCAAGCUGUCAAGAACUAGGUUGUGGCACGAUUAAUAUGCAGCGUUCGCUCUAUCUCAUAAUAUCAUUGAAUAAGUUUCCCUUGAGUCCUACAAGUAACUGUCUACUGGAUUCUUGCGAGCGUUGCUCGAUGAACCUUUGGCCAGAAUGAUAUCAAACCUGUAACAUGCGCCCAUUAGGCGUCAGAAUA